AUGGUAAGAGAAGUGGAUUCUAUCUGUAAACUGAUAACCAACUGUGCAUCGAGACAUGUCUCUCCCAAGCAAUUCACCAACUUUUACAAUAUGUUCUUUAAUGAACAAUACGACUCAGUAAUAGAGAGUCAAGGUGACAAUGAGGCUAAACCACCCAUAGAGCCAGUGUAUGAAGCUAUAUCUCAAGGGUUAUUGAAAGUUCUUAACGAUGGAAAGUAUAACUUGGUCGCAGAUUAUGUAGUUGAGAUUGUUUUUGUCAAUUACAAUUCCGAAUUAUUGAAGAUUUUCCUUCCAAAGUUGCAUCUAGUGAAAAAUCAACUUGUUUUAAUUCACUUUUUCUCCAGGUCUACAGGCUUUAUGAGAAACCUCACCAAUAAACUCAUAUCUGAUCAAAUCAGUAAUGAUAUAUAUUCCGAUAUUUUACCUUCCAUUUUGAGCUUCAAUUUCAGUGAAUUGGGUGAUGAACUGAUUACCAUAAUCACAAAGUUUCUGCAUACAGUACUGAAGAUCUCUGAGUCUCCAGCCAAGAUUCAAGAUGAGAAUAUUAGAAACAAUGGGAAUUUAUUACUUCAGAGACUUUCUAAGUGCAAUAAACUGCUAUACAAGAGACUUUUCAAUGAUCUGGACCCCAAAUUUCAAGCCGGUGAGCCGUCCUCAUCAGUUGGCACUUUUGCAUUACCACCUAGUACAAUACCGUCGCCUUCUGUGACGUCUCCCAAGUAUGAAUCAAUAACAGUUGGUGUGACAAAACAACCUUCGUUGGCUCCUAAUGAGUUGAAAUACCAGGAUGUCAAAUUGACGCGUUAUUACAAGAAUCUUUGGUUGAAUAACAAGAUACAUUAUUUUACUGUUUCCGAUCCGGACUUCCUAAACAAAUAUGAAUCAAUUGGAGAGCUAACAAAGACAAGUGGUUCUCCACAAAUCGAACGUUCUUCCCAAACAAACGUCGCAGAUUUGAUUGAAACUACGUUUACUUGUUUUGCCCAAUUCGUAAGCAACAAGUUGUAUCAUCAGUUGAAUUCUAACUUUUCGUUGUUGGAGCGUAAAUGGACGAUCUUCAUUACCAAGCAAUUACCACUGAUAAUUAAGCAGUCUAUCCCCAAUGAGCCACAAUUGGUACUGCACGCUUUAGAAAACAUUGAUGAUAAGGUCGUUAAAGCUAUUAAAUCGUACAAUACAGAAAAGGAUGAAGUUAAAAACCGUACAGAAGACUUAUUUGAUGAUUACCCUGUGAACAAUCUUGAUAUUAGACACGAGUUUCUAAAGAAUUUGAUAAUGUUAGGUUUACAACCACCAAAUGUAUUAAAUGAAUAUCUGAGAGAAGAUCAAAUGGUCGACUUGAAGUCUUUAGUAACCUCUGAGCACUUGGUUAUCGAAAACAGUCAAUGUGUUAAGGAAUCGAUUCUUGAUAUUAAAGGCUUUAUGAAAAGAUCGAUCGAAACAUUAGAUUUUGAGUCUAUGUUUGAUGAUAGUAAUCAACUUGUUAUUGGUACUGAUAAUGGCUUACUUCAGCUUGCACAUAAUUUAGAAUCUGUCGCUCCUACAAAGCAGCAAGAGAUUUCAAAUAUUAUUUAUGAUGUUUUGCGUAAAGCAGUUGAAGACUUUGAUCAUAAGUCAAUAUCCAAAAUUUUGACACUGCUAACUUUGAACAUUGGCCACUUGUUGACUAACAUACUGUGUUUUAUUGGUCCGGAAAAACUUUUGGGCCCUGUUGUUACAUUUAUUGAUGUUAUAUGGGAACCUAACGGCAACAAGUUAAACGACGUUAUAUCUGAAGAUUCUGAAUUUGAAAACCUAAGCGCAUUCAUGGCUUAUACUCUUUCAAUGGCGUUCAUCAUUCAUAUGGUGAAGACGUAUAAUGUAAAUUUGGAAUCUUUGGUAGAGAUUCCUUCGAAAUCCACUGUGCUGAACUUUAUCUCAAAAUUGGGAGACAUUCAAGAAACUUUCAGCGAUGAAGGAAACCCUGAUGCAUCUAAAAAUAUGCUACAGUUAUGGCUGCGUGACUUGUUCAUCAAUAAUUCUAUCUCAGAUCCGUUGAUGAAAACUGCGGAUGUAAAAGUACUGGGCACCAUGAUACCAUUCAUCUUUAAACAAAGUUUAGUUAAUGUUGAAACAGGUUUAAUAAGUGAUGUUUCCAACUUUGUAAAUGGAUUUGAAUAUUUCCUACAACCGUUUAUGUCAAUAGGUUUGCUUAACAUUUUCUUCUGGUUGGAACAGCAUUUAAUCUCAUUAAAAACCGAUGAUUCUUUUUUGCAAAUUGGUGGCAAGAUUUUUGACCUUCUUAAUGCUAUUAUUGCACCAAAGGGUAUGAACCCAGAUGCAAAAGCGGUCCAUUACGUAAUUCUAAAGCUGAAUUGCAUUAAUUUGUUAAAAGAAUUGAAAUCUUUUCAGGUUUCUAAUGAAUCUAAUUACGGGAUGUAUUCGUCUCAAUAUCAACAGGAUCCAAAAUUAGAUUCUCUAAUAUCUAAAUUGGAGUCUGUGGCACAAUCUUCUAAUAUCUAUGAUAUAGAUCCAAGAAUAACCACUGCAACUGGAAACAGUUAUUCGCAGAAACAGAUAAGUUAUAAUAAACUUACAAUGACAAGUGACCUUCCAAUAAACAAAAUCAUGACCAACCAAAUAAAUUCAUUUUGGAAUCUACACAGCAGCACUUAUUAUAACUUUGAUUAUUUGCUUGAAUUGACUAAUUUGGUUACCCCAGCACAAUUUCUUCACGAUGUCUUUGAAUCCUUAAAAUAUAAAGUGUCAACAUACGGCAUACCUGGGUCUGUUAAUAGACCACCUGCUACAGCUCUCGAUCAUGUAUUAUCUUACCUGUUUUAUUUUAUGGUAUUGAGAGAUAUUAAAAAUCCAGAGGAAAAGAGCGCACUGUUAGAAUACCUAGAAACUGGCAAGUUUUCUAGUGCUAUAAUCCGGAACAAGAUAAAAACUGAUUCUUCGUCUAUCUUAGGGUCUUCCGCACCUCAAGCAGAUAAUAAAAGUGAUCAAGAUCCUGUCGAUGCUGCUGAUGAAGAUUUUGACAUGUUAUUUGGUGAAUCCUUCAGCGGCUUACCGGAUGAAUCUCAGAAACCGAACGAUAUUAAACAUGAAUCUGGCUUGAAAGAUGAAAAUUCAGAAACUCUUGAACCUCGUGUGUCUUUGGUUAGACUAACUGAAAGUUUUGGUUUUGCAUAUUUCAUGAUGAUGAAGGACACUAAAGAGGCUUAUGAUGCUGGUCAGGAAACAGAACCGAGAUACGAGAACUUCAUAAAUUUAUAUAAUAGGUAUGUUGAAACCUUGAAAAUAUCUGUGAUCUGA